GUCGCAAUGCUUGCUUUGCAAGACUACGCGAGUGAUUCGUCCGGUUCUGAAGAAGAAUCAAAGGAAACGAUCGAGGAGUUGACCGCUCAUUUGAAACCAGUACAGAGUGGAAAGUCACUUGUAUCAACUCAAAAGUUAAAUGCAGCUCCUUUAGUAAUAACAAAGGAAGAUGUUGGUGUUCAGCGUCACUUGGACAUCACGACAAAAGAGGUGAAAUACAACCCCAAGUUUGAGGAAAUGUUUGCACCUCAGGUUGGGCCCUCAAAUCCAUUUAAGACCCAGCAGAUGCUUGCUAAAAAAAACAUGAUUUCGGGGUAUGCAGAGAAUGCACAUUUCAAUCAGUUUCAGUUCGAAAAUCAGCGUAGAACAUUUACAAGUUAUGGUUAUGCAGUGGACCCUUCAGUAGAUGUACAGGUGUCAUCAGAACCUCCAAUCGUAGGAGACAGAGUGGCUGCAGAUGACAGCAAAGGACUUACAGUUUUUGAAGCUAUGCCCAAACGUCCAGAGGACAAGAGGAAGCGCCUGAGAAACUCGGAUGCAGGAGAUGUAGAGGGAUACCUGGGACCCUGGGGCAAGUUUGUGGAUGAGAAAACCGUGAUGAAGCCAAGUGAGGAUGAGCAAAAGGAGCUGGAUGAGAUACUGGCCAAGAGAAGUAAAACUAACAAACAGACAGAAGAGAAAACAGCAGAGGAGAAAACUACACUACAUAUUAAGGAUGCCUACGACUACCAGGGCCGGUCCUAUCUACAUAUCCCACAGGAUGUGGGUGUCAACCUCAAGUCAGAGGAGCCUCCUGAGAAAUGUUUCCUUCCCAAAAAACACAUCCAUACUUGGACAGGCCACACCAAAGGACUGUCUGCCAUUCGCUGGUUUCCUGUGUCUGCUCACCUUCUGCUGUCCUGCAGUAUGGAUUGUAAAAUAAAGAUCUGGGAGGUGUACAACGAGCGACGUUGUAUUCGGACGUACACCGGACACAAACAGGCAGUCAGGGAUAUCACAUUUAACAAUGAGGGAACAGAGUUUCUUAGUUGUGGCUAUGACAGAUACUGUAAACUAUGGGACACAGAAACAGGUGAGUGUAAGUCACGAUUUUCCAGCAGAAAAGUUCCCUACUGUGUGAAGUUCCACCCUGAGCCUGAUAAACAACACCUGUUUGUGGCAGGAACCUCCGAUAAAAAGAUAGUUUGUUGGGACAUUCGUUCUGGAGAGAUUGUCCAGGAGUAUGACAGACAUCUUGGUGCCGUCAACACUAUUACAUUUGUUGAUCAGAACCGACGCUUUGUCAGCUCCUCAGAUGACAAGAGUUUACGAGUCUGGGAAUGGGACAUUCCGGUUGACUUCAAGUACAUAGCUGAUCCAUCUAUGCACUCAAUGCCAGCAGUUACUCUGUCUCCGAAUGGGAAAUGGCUGGCCUGCCAGUCUAUGGACAACAAAGUCUCCAUAUUCAAUGUACUCAACAGAUUCAAAUACAUGAGGAAAAAAACGUUUACUGGACACAUGGUCGCUGGAUAUGCAUGUAACGUUGACUUUUCACCAGAUAUGAGUUACAUUAUCUCUGGGGACGCUGACGGCAAGCUGUAUGUGUGGGAUUGGAAGACUACCAAACUUUACAGCAAGUUUAAAGCCCAUGAUGAUGUAUGUAUCAGUGUUCUGUGGCAUCCUCAUGAAACAUCUAAGGUAGCAACAGCUGGCUGGGAUGGAAUCAUUAAGUACUGGGACUGAGCAGGUUCAUCAUAGGUGGACUCAUUCAAAGUUCACAACCUUGACCAAAAAGUUCACCAGGUUAAAAUUGAUCAAAACUUUAUCCUGGACAGACUUGUUCAGAGUUUAACCAUAACAAACCUGACUUGUUCAGAGUUCAAUGAAGACAUACUUAAAUGAAGGUUUACCCAGAAUAUGUGUUCAAAGUUCAACCAGGACAAACUUGUUCAAAAUUCACCCAACACAAGUACUUGUGAAGCCAUCAAGAGAUCAAAGAUUUCAGUAUAAUCCUGCUGAACUUAGUGGACUGAUAGAAUCUGAGAUCAUGAUCUGUGUCAGACCCCAAGAACAUCUGAAAAUGUCAGAAGGAACAACAUUUGAAUAAAUUCAGAAAUUUGAUUCGAUCCCUGGGGACUUAGGAGCAAAGCCCCAAAAGGGCAAGUUAUAUUUUGCUUCAAACCACUACUCCUUCUUAAUGCCUGAGUAGAUUUCAACCAAAUUUGGUGCAAAACAUCAUUGUGGGUGGAGAAUCAUUUCUUAAAUUCAGAAAGUUGAUUCGACCCCGAGGGACCAGGUGGCAAUUGGGGCCCCAAAUGAGGAAGUUUCACAAUAAUUUGCAUUGAAAAUGCUACUCUUCCAUAAGGCUUUUUUGUAUAGUACAAAACAUCAUUGUGGGUGGUGAAUCAUUUCUUAUAUUCAGAAAGGUGAUUCGACCCCUAGAGACUUGGGGGCGGGCUCCAAAAGAGGAAGUUAGACAAUAUUUUGCUUCAAAAUGCUACUCCUUAAGGCCUGUGUAGAUUUCAACCCGAUUUGGUCUGAAACAUUAUCAGGGAGUGGCAAUGUUAUCAAACAUACAUGAAAUGAUCCUGAGAUUGUCCUGACCAAAUCUUAUUUUUAUAUUUUGGUCCAAUAUGUAACAUAACUCAUCUAGAACAAAUAGUCUGAACUACUUCUCAAGUUUCAUUCACGACAAAUGAGAAAAAUAUUUGGAAUUUGAUUUUUUUAAAGAAAAGAAAGAGAUGAUUUGUUGUUACUUUUGAGUCAACAUGGUAACCAUAGUAGCCAUUUUGUAACAUGAUUAUUCAACGGUUUUUCAUGAACAGAACCUACCAUUUAUGAGUUUCUGGUACUUCCAAGGAAUGUUCAAAAUUUGAAUUCAUCAGAUUUGUCCAACAACCAUCAGUGAAUUCUGUGGUUUUUCCAUCCAUUGGUUUAUUGUCAGAUGACCGUUAAGGGCCAUGGCCCUCUUGUAAUGUCAUCUAACCCAAAAGGUCAAAAUAACCUGCCAUCGUGCAUUGUCUGUUGUCGUGAGCCAUGUGCUUUCCGCCGUUUGCCAUCCGUAAACUUUUCUUUUAAAAUGCUACUCCUGUUUAAUGCCUUGGUGGAUUUCAACCAAAUUAGGUCUGAAACAUCAUUUGGAGUGAGGGAUCAUUUUUUAAUUCUGAAAUUUGAUUUGACCCCUAGGGACCUGGGGAUGGGGCCCAAAAGUGUAGUUAGACAAUUUGAAUGGACCCUUAGGGACUUGAGGGCAGGGCCCAAAGAAGGGAAAUUAGAGGAUAUUUUACUUCAAAAUUCUACUCUUCCUUAAUCCUUAAUGCUAGAAUGGAUUUCAUUCAAAUUUUGCCUGUAAUAUCAGUAGGGGUUGGCAAAUAAUUGGUAAAUUCAGAAAGUUGAUUUGACCCUGAGGAAUCUUAGAGCAAGUGGGGCCCGAAAUGGGGAAGUUAGUCGAUAUUUGAGAGUGACAUAUCAUUUCUUAAAUUAAGAAAGUUGAUUGGACAGCUAGGGAUUUAGGGACAGGGCUCCAAAAGGAGAAGUUAGUUAAUAUUUUGCUUCAAAAUGUUAUUUCUUCUCAUUGCCUGGGUAGAUUACCCAUUGUAGAAAUGAUUGGAUUUUGCCCAAAUUUGGUGUGAAGUGUUCUUAGUUGAAGGGGAAUCAGUUCUGUUUUAAAGGUGUAUCUUGGCCCCCUAGGGGGAGGGGGUGGGCCUUACUGGGAAAAUGUAAGUUCUUAAAAAAUCCUUCUUCCAUACUUCCAUACAAGAAUAUUGUAGAAGUUUAAACUUAAGUAAUUUUUAUCAAUAGUGAAUCAGAUUUCUGUUAGACCACAAGGCUGGAAACCAAUAGGGAAUUUAUAUGAGAAAUUGUUCGUUAUAUUUGAAAUCACUUAUUAAAUGGCGGAGUAGCUUGUUUAGCCAGGCGAGUGAUGCGGCCCCUUGAGCUCUUGUGUAUGAGUGACUGUGUGUGUUGUAACUUGGCAGUGACAAAUUCGGAGAAUAGUGUAAGGUUACCAAGGAAGGGUGUACAUUGUGUGUGUAUAUGUCUGUGUACAUGAACAGGAUCUGUGUGUAUGAAAAGAUUUUAAUAGUUGUAAGAAGUGCAAGGAACAUUAUGACAGAGGUCUGGUUUAUACAGGAAAAUUAAAUUUAUUUUUUAAUUUUAC